GGCUGGAAAGACCCCUUUCACGGCAGCAGCAGCAGCAGCAGCAGCCACACGUUAAACAACACCGAGCCGCACCGGUGAACCAGGCCCAGUCUGACGAGAACAGCAGACGCGGACGGGUGGUGUUAGCCUUGCACACCUGGAUGCUUCAUUGCCGACCACGACGGUAGCCGGUGGUUAAGAGAGUGACCAGUCGUCGUCCAGCCGACACUUGCUCCGACGACCGAGUUUCUCCCCCGAGCAUCCCUGCGCCUUCCGGAGGACCUCGCCGCUCAUCAUCCCUGUUCCUCCUCGAUCCGCGCGCCUGUGGUGUUCGCGCGGAAUUGGACCACGGUUUCACCCGACUCCGCUGUUUGUGACCGUAGUAGAGGAUCGCCACUAGGCGAGAGACUUGUUCUUCACGUGACACCGAAACGCGGCAACUGCCAAGAUGUACCUCAGGUAUACCAGAAUGUUGGAGGGGUGCGGGAAAGUAGUCAAGUAUGCACUCUUCGUCGCCAACUUCAUCAUCAUGGUUGGCGGAGUGGUGGUGUUCGCGGUGGGAAUCUGGACCCUGGCCGACCGGUCCUUCAUGGAGCGGCUCCUGGGCACGGACCUGUACGUCAGCUCGGCGUCCAUCCUCAUCGCCACCGGGGUCGUCGUCACGAUAAUCUCCUUCCUCGGCUGCCUCGGCGCCUUCAAGGAGAUCAAGUGCAUGCUUCUCACGUACUUCAUAAUCCUCUUCAUGAUAUUCAUCACAAUGCUGGUCGGAGGAAUAUUAGGAUACGUGUUCAGGAAUGAGGUGGAUGAACGGAUGUACCAAGAAAUGGUCAUGUCCAUUCCAUCCUACAAGAACGACUCCGUCGUCACAGACGCAUGGGACGCAGUGCAGCAGCACUUCCAGUGCUGCGGUGUUCGACUAAUGUCGAAGACUGAACCGUACCGAAUCUGGCAGCUCAAGAACUCACAUUUCAACGCGAACCACCAAGUGCCGGAGUCGUGCUGCAUGAAAAAGGAGUGGCUUCACGCCUGCUCCAAGAAUCCAACGGACAGGGACACCUACAUGGACAGCUGUCACGAAAAAGUCCGGGACUUCGUCAAAGGACAUGCUGUCAUUGUAGGUGGAAUAGGCAUCGGCAUCGCCUGUCUUUUAGUGGUCGGAAUGGUCCUCUCGUGCGCCAUGUUCCUCAUGAUUCGCUAAGCAACGAGCGGAGCUAAUCCAUGACGUCAUAUCCGGCGGCGACCUGGUGCCUACUCCCCGCUACAGUGCACACGCGUGUACGUGUGUGUGUGUGUAUGUGCGUGCGCGCCUCGCUCCUCCUUCAACCAAAGGUGCCAACGACGGCCACCCCACGUCGCUGGCGUUGUUAAGUUUCGCAGCGGCUUCCGCACUUGGCUUUCGUUUACUGUCUAGCUCCUCCCCCCCGGUUCGGUCACGUGAUGACGCAGAAGAAUAGAAAGGCUGCAAGGAACUGCCGACAGGAGGGACGCUUCUAAGUGGACAAUGCUUUAUUUGAAGCGCCUACACUGGAAUUCACCAAAAAAAAUUGCUGGAGCAAGGACACUUUUAAGCAAGCAAGAUACGCGUUGUUGUUUUUUUUUGCCAUUCCAGUGAGAACUGCGUCAUUUUAUAUUAGGUGUUUUUCUUUUUCUCUUGUGGAAUCGCUAUUACUUGCCACCCCCCCCCCCCCUUUUUUUUUUUCGCCCGCACUUCUUUAUAUUGUGUGGACAAUUACAUUUGUUGCACCUGCAGUACGGAGACACUUUCCUUUGAGACUGUCCUGCAUUGUGCGAUUGGUUGUGUGUAUCGCUGGAUCUUCAGUUCAUCUUCUUGUUUCUUUUUAUUUCAUGCCGUUCCUGCUUAUUAAGCCUUAUGUAACUUAUUAACUUUGUACAGCUCUCCGGACCAUGCACCUACACCUCUUCAGUGGACAGGGGCAAUUUUUGCCUGCGUAUGUUAAAUCGCAUUUAUACUCAUGUUACAUACAGAAAAAUCGACAUGGAGGCAGAUUAGAGCACAGUGUAUGCAUUAAAAACUCACACACCACACACACAAUUUAUUAUGCAGCUAUGCUUAUUUUUAGUAUUUUUGUGUGCUGGAAAUAAAUCUACAAUCAAGGGCUUGGAAAUAAGCAAGGCACAUCGAGACUGCUCUUUUUUUUUUUCUCAUCUCAUAAGGAACCAUUACAAUCGCCAUCUCGCUCGUUUUGUUAUUUUCUUAUCAUUUGAAUGUGUGCUACUAUCUUAAGUUUUAACUGUGUCAACCAGUGUACACGAGGCAGAAGAGAACAUAUCAGCCGAGAAUCACUUGCCAGUGUUCGCCACAACAUGGCGCGAACACGAGUAAUUGUCGAUUUCGUUCGAUAUUUGUACUUAUCGAAAGAGCUUUUUCGAGAGGACUCACUUACUUAAGUUUGGACUGAAUGUGUUUCUCAUCUAGUCUUGCCUCUCUGUAGCAUUACGAGGCAUGUCUGUAGUGUUCGUCAUGUUUUAACUAUUGACAUUUUCGCACUGCCUAUGCUUUAGCUGUUUAUUCGCCAACAUGCGCGCAUCUCAUCUAAAACAGUGCACUUGUCGUUUUACGAGAAAAGAAGAAUGCGUAUUUUUUGUGUUGUGAUGUGCCUUUUCUUUUGUCAUUUAGUAGUUAUGUAGCAGUAGAAAGAAACAACAAGAACGCAGCCUUACACUACACUGGGACCAACGGCACGACAAUUCGUGCAGUAUUCUGCCUUAUGCAUUCAGAGCUCCUGCACAAAAGUGGUGCUGACACAUUGUACAAUUACGCAAGUUUAUUGUUACACAGUAAAUACGUUUACAACACGGGAGCCUGUUUGGAAAGGCCCAUGCAAGACAUAUGACACGUACAAGCGCAAAACAGAAAUAUUCCUCGACGCUUAAAAUUUUGUUGAUGCGUCUUGCAUUGGUCACAUUACCGCCGUACAGAAGACGGUUGUAUAUCUUCGUGGUUGCCCCCUUACCUAGAGUUGAAGCAUAAUACACAAGGACCGCUGACUCCCAAACGCACGGCGAAUUCGUUAUAAGCGAAUUGUCGUAGUGCGCUCGAGGCAUCAUGGCAGGGAAUGGCGUCAUGGAGGAAUACGAGCGUGCGUGAAGCGCGAAUUUAUGUGUGAAUAAUGUAAAUUUCCUCUCCACAGACUCCUCGUGCGCAAAAAAAAAAGAAAAAAGAAAUUCCUUCCCAUUCCAAGACACGCGUCAGUUGCGCAUGUCCUCACGAUUGUCUCGUUUAAGUCAAGCCGCGGGACGAGAGAUAAAAUCUCGCUAAAUCGCGCCCACUACCCUUCUCGAUUUCGAUGUGUGUAAUCACCAUUCGUUGCUCUUAUCGUUGAAUGAGAUAAAAAGAAAAUUUAGCGAUGCUUCCCGAUUGCUUCUUUGGAGGAUGUCAUAUAUUUAACUAAGUCGCAGUCUCCUCGGUAAUCCCGGUCUCAUGUGUUCACUGCUACUAUAUAAAGAAAUACUAAAUUUUUUGCUUGACGAAAAAAUGAGGUUAAAUGUACGUCCUUUAUCGAAACGCUAAAUGUGUUGUUUGCUCUGUGAAUGUCGCUGUCUAAGCAUUAAGGCUGGUGAAUUUCGAUGUUCAUAUUCCGCCACAAGAUACUUCGUCCCAAAUGUUUUCACCGUGUUCAAAGUGAUGAUAAGUGUGCGUUUGCGGUUGUUUGCGUGUGAUGAUUGUCGCAUUGUGUUUGCUAGCCUCGCGUUUUUCGGAAGAAAAGCUAUGUCAUUUUGAGUUGAAAUUUUAUACGAGAGUUGUGUAGUGGUUUCAAGAUUUUGUUUUUACGUGUUUUGUUUUGUCGAACUUCCUGUUAUUUCAAUUAUUAUGAGUGCACAUGUACGCAUCAUCUCAUUGCCGAUAAUGGAUAAACGUAGCGUUGCUUGACACCAUCAAUGUAGUUUUUCUUCGUUGAGCAAGCAUUUACUGUUAAGGCACUUUCCGAGAAGUGCCAUUUGCUCUGUCCUUAUAAGCAACGUGCUAGAUGUAGAAGUUUCCAAGUGUAAAAUAUGUAGCUGUGCUCUACCCCCCCCCCCCCCCCCCCUAUAUAGCCUGACUUGUGUCUGUAUUAAUGAUGUACCUAUAUAUGAUGUUCAGAACUUAACUGUUCGGAAAGGUGCGAUGAGCGCCUUGUUGUUGUUUUUCUUUUUUCUUCUUCUAGACACUCUGUCACUUCUUGGCAAUGUAAAUGAACUUGCGUUGUCGUUUGAAUAUUUAUUUCAGAAAUAAACAGUUGGAAAUCGCGA